CUCACAUCUACAAAUUGAAGCAAUGUCAACAAGUCCAAGCCAAAACAACAAAAUGAUGAUGGCAAAAUAUAACAAGUCUCUCGUUCUCCUUCACAUCCUAUGCUUCAUGUUGUUCCCACAGGCCCUACAAUCACAGGAUAAUGAUUUUUCUCGUCACCCUUCUCGUCAAUUCAUCCACACUCCCCACGAACGCUCAGAUUCUGAUCCUCAACAGGUUCAUAUUUCAUUGGUGGGGAAACAUCAUAUGAGAGUGUCGUGGGUAACCGAAGACAACCACUCAGAAUCUUCGGUGGAGUAUGGAACAAAGAAAGGAGAAUAUAGCACAAAAACAAGGGGGGAACACACCUCAUACGAUUUUUUCUCAUACAAAUCGGGAAAGAUCCACCAUGUGGUAAUUGGUCCUUUGAAGCCAAGCACCACUUACUUCUAUAGGUGUGGAGGAUCUGAUCCUGAGUUUUCUUUCAAGACACCUCCAUCGAAGUUGCCUAUUGAAUUUGUUGUCGUUGGGGACUUGGGACAAACUGAAUGGACGGCAUCAACUCUGAAACACGUUGAUAGCAAAGACUAUGACGUGUUUUUGUUACCGGGAGAUCUAUCCUAUGCUAAUGCCCAACAACCGUUGUGGGACUCUUUUGGCCGUUUGGUGGAACCAUACGCUAGUCGAAGGCCAUGGAUGGUUACCGAAGGGAACCACGAGGUUGAGAGUUACCCAAUUGAGAUUGAAAACAUGGAUAAUUUCAUAGCCUACAAUUCUCGCUGGCCUAUGCCUUACAAAGAGAGUGGCUCCACCUCAAACCUCUACUACUCAUUUGAAGUUGCUGGCACCCACAUCAUCAUGUUGGGUUCUUACACUAAAUUUGGUGCACACUCAGACCAAUAUAAGUGGCUUCAAUCUGACUUAGCCACCAUUGAUAGGAAGAGGACACCAUGGGUGAUUGUUUUGUUGCAUGCACCUUGGUAUAACACUAAUAAGGCACAUCAAGGUGAAGGCGAAAGCAUGAGAAAAGCUAUGGAAGAGUUGCUUUACGAGGCUCGUGUUGAUUUGGUUUUUGCUGGCCAUGUUCAUGCAUACGAACGCUUUACUAGAGUUUAUGACAAUGAGGCUGAUUCAUGUGGUCCCAUGUACGUGACAAUUGGGGACGGAGGAAACCGCGAGGGACUUGCAUUAACGUUUAAGAAGCCUCCAAGCCCACUCUCGGUGUAUCGGGAGCCAAGCUUUGGUCAUGGAAGGUUGAGAAUAGUAAACGAAACACAUGCACACUGGUCAUGGCACCGCAAUGAUGAUACCGACUCAUUUGUAGCUGAUGAUGUUUGGAUAGAGAGUUUAAGCAGCUCGAAAGCAUGCUGGGAGACACUAGGCCAGAAUCUUGAUCGUGAAGAGCUCUGAAAGCUUAAAUUAGA